AUGACAUCUGAAAAUUCUACAGAUGGCUCCGCAUCUUUUAAAAAUCUUCCGAUUGUUAACGAGGAAAUCCGUUCGGAUUCGUUCACCUAUAAAUUGCUAGACGAAAUUGGUCAAGGUGGUUUCGGUAUCGUUUUUGAGAGUGAACAUCUGAAGAGAAAAUGCGCUAUAAAAGUUGAGAAGUAUCGAAAAUCAACGUUGAAUAUUGAAGCAGACGUUAUGCUUGCUGCAGAGAGACGUAACUGUGAGCACAUCUGUCGAAUCAUUGAUUACGGUAAUAAAAAACCAGAAUAUACGUUCAUUGUGAUGCCUUUACUGGGUAAGGAUUUGCAAACGUUAAGAUUCGAACAAUUAAAUAGACACUUCUCAUUAAGUACAUCAAUUAUACUCGCUGUGCAAACACUGAACGCUAUUCAUGAAUUACACAGGUAUUUUAUUGUCAUUACUUUCAUGAUGUAUUCUUAUUACUAUUACUGUUAUUAUUGUUGA